UCACUCCCACGGUAUUUUGACGUGUGUGUAUAUAUAUUUUACUCGGAGAAUUAAACUUCAUGUGUCAGAUGGCUUGAGUCCAUUUAAUAAUCUCGAGACAAACCCGUGGAUAUUAACCGGUGGAAAAAUACGGCAGAAGUGAAUUUUGGAGAUUCUCCUGUCGCCUUUUGAAGGAUAAACACUGAAUCAAGAAUUGGCGCUGGAUGGAUUUUUAUUUUCUUGUUCACUCUUCUGGUUUUCUGAUAUCAAGCGUCUCACAGCCACAUCACGCGGUGUGAAACAUCCUCCGUGUGCCUCCGUUUUUCUGGAUUUUAUUGUGACACCUGUGACUUCGUAAGUGUGUUUUUUUUUUGGGUUUUUUUUCUUCUUCUUCAGUCUGAAAGCUGUGAGGUGUUUCUCCUGGACUGAUGGCGUCUUCUGCACCUUCUUCCUCGGCUCCUGAUAUGGACCCAAACACGGCUAAUUUACGACAACCUGCCACAACCGGCGACGCGUGGUACGGGGUUGCAAACGGAUGCACGAGGAAACUGGGCAUGAAGAUCUGUGGUUUCCUGCAGAAGAACAACAGUCUGGAUGAGAAGAGUCGGAUGGUGGGCGCCUUCAAGGAGAGCGCGAAGAACCAGAUGUGUGACAACAGCGAGCGCUUCAUGCGCGCAGAGACAGACUUCUCCAACCUGUUCGCUCGAGAUCUACUGCCUGCUAAAAAUGGCGAGGAACCCACAAUCCAGUUUCUUCUCGAGGUGGUGGAGAUCCUCACCAAUUAUGUGCGCAAGACCUUCGACAGAUCCACCAAAGUGCUGGACUUCCAUCACCCUCACCAGCUCCUGGAGGGGAUGGAGGGCUUCAACCUGGAGCUGUCUGACCAACCAGAGUCGCUGGAGCAGAUCCUGGUGGACUGCAGAGACACGCUCAAGUAUGGAGUCAGAACAGGUCAUCCUAGAUUCUUCAAUCAGCUUUCAUCUGGUCUGGACAUCAUCGGUCUGGCUGGAGAAUGGCUCACCUCUACUGCCAACACUAACAUGUUCACAUAUGAAAUCGCUCCUGUGUUUGUUCUGAUGGAGCAACUGACCCUCAAGAAGAUGAGAGAGAUCAUCGGAUGGCCUAAUGGUGACGGCGAUGCACUCUUCUCACCAGGUGGUGCCAUAUCAAACAUGUACAGUGUGAUGGUUGCGCGGUACAAGUAUUUCCCUGAAGUCAAAACCAAAGGCAUGUCUGCAGCACCACGACUCGUGCUUUUCACUUCUGAACAUAGUCAUUAUUCAAUCAAAAAGGCAGGAGCAGUGCUGGGAUUUGGCAAAGAAAACGUAAUUCUCCUCAAGACAGAUGAGAGGGGGCGUGUCAUACCGGCUGACUUAGAGGCCAAGAUCAUUGAUGCCAAACAGAAGGGUUACGUGCCACUGUUUGUGAACGCAACGGCUGGUACCACAGUAUAUGGAGCAUUCGAUCCCAUCAAUGACAUUGCCGACAUUUGCGAGAAGUACAACCUGUGGUUACAUGUAGAUGGUGCUUGGGGUGGAGGACUGCUGAUGUCCAGGAAACACCGUCACAAGUUAAACGGCAUUGAGAGAGCAAACUCAGUCACAUGGAACCCUCAUAAGAUGAUGGGUGUACCACUGCAAUGUUCAGCCAUCCUGGUUAGAGAGAAGGGCAUUCUGCAGGGCUGCAACUCCAUGUGCGCUGGAUACCUCUUCCAACCAGACAAACAGUACGAUGUGACCUACGACACCGGCGACAAGGCCAUCCAGUGUGGCAGACAUGUAGACAUCUUCAAAUUCUGGCUCAUGUGGAAGGCCAAGGGCACAAUUGGGUUUGAGCAGCACAUUGACAGAUGUCUGGAGCUUUCUGAAUAUCUCUACAAUAAAAUCAAGAACCGUGAGGGAUAUGAAAUGGUCUUUGAGGGCCAGCCCCAGCACACAAAUGUUUGCUUCUGGUAUAUUCCACCAAGCUUGCGUAGCAUGCCACAUGGAGAUGAACGAAGGGAGAAACUACACAGGGUGGCGCCGAAGAUCAAAGCAAUGAUGAUGGAGUGCGGCACAACCAUGGUAGGCUACCAACCACAGGGAGACAAGGUCAACUUCUUCCGAAUGGUCGUCUCCAAUCAUGCCGUCACCAAGUCCGACAUCGAUUUCCUCAUCAAUGAGAUCGAGAGGCUGGGUCACGAUCUGUAAGAGCAGAGAACUGCAGCUCUGUGUCUAUAUUCAAGGCUCAGGCAUCUCGACAGGACGGUCGCCCGGUCUACACAUUUAAUGGCUAUGUUUCGACGUCGUAUUGUGGUCCAAUAUGUUCUGUCCUUCUUCUCAAUGUCUUUAGAUCUUUAACUUACAGAUUACGUAGCCCGUAUAGCUACACGGUCACCUUAUAACAUAGUUUAAAUGUGUAACAGUCGGUGCUUGGGUUUGUAAAUACAAUAUAAAGACAAGCAAAGACGCACCACCCUUUUAAUGAAGCUCGAACCCCUUUCUGUGUAGUAGUGGGGUCUGUGUGUAAACCAGUGGUUGAUCUGUAUUUUAGUGUUGUGUUUCCUAAACUAACCUUGUAGUAGGUCAUGUAAAGUGUUUAAUCAACACCUUUGUGAGGUGAAACAUAAGUAUUCAAUUUUCAGUUUGAAAUGUACUGAUAUAAAUCUAUAAACAAAGACUUUAUUUAUAUUGUGAGCCAACGGUGUUCAAAGGUAUUUCUCUCAUUUGUAACGGUUCUUCAUUUGUAUUUUAAGACAAGUUAUAUAUAAUCAAACAAGUUUAGGCUAAUGUUUAUGGUCCAGUAGUGUACUUGUGAGCCAAAGACAGAACUAGUGCCAUACAUUUUACAAUAUACUCGAUAUUCUUUGAAAUAAGCAAGCGUAUAAAUUAUAGCAUAAAUCUAUACACAUUUAUAGAAAUAUGAAUAUAUUGUAUAUGUUUGUCGUUGAGGCCCUUAACUCUGUGCAAUCAGUGUGUUAGUGUUACAGUGUUAUCGUGUGUAUCUUUGACUGAAUGUUAUAAGCAAUCCUAUCAAUUAUAUGAAGGUAGUUAGUUACCAGAUGUAUAUUACUAAUUAUUGAUAUUCAACUCAGGCGAUUAUAGCAUCAUAUUUAAAAAAAGAGAAUAAAUAACAAAAGAAAACAAUAAAGCAAAAAGCACAAACUUAGAAGGAAGGCUUGAAAUGUCCUCAGGAUGCUGGAAGAUUGUGUUCAUAUUCAUAUUUAUUAAAAGUUUAUUGCUAUGCGGUAUUUAGAUUCAGCUGUUGUCUUUGGAACAUUUAUUUCAUGUUCUCUAUUUGUUCAAAGUGUUUUUGACAAAUGUGAGGAGGGCGAUCUGGUCUCCUCAGUAAGGCUGGCACUUUAAAAUGCAAUCACAUUAUAUGUAAACUGUUAUUAACACAUGUACACGGCACAAUAAAAAGCUAUUAAAGUAUAAGAAUGUUCUGUUAGUCGUCUUUUUAAAAUGUACAAAUCGUGCACCUUUAUUUUAAAGUGUAUAAUAAACUUGCACU